AUGAUCAGCGAGGACUUCAUGACGAACUUAGCAACGAGGAACGCACUUCUUUUGAUCACCGCAAUAUCCGUACAUCUCUCCUUGUCACCACCGAACCCCCCGGUCGCCCUGCAGAAAUGCACGGGAAGCAAGACGUUGUUCGAACGCUUCAUCCAAUACAUCACCUUCUGCUCCAAGGCCAUGACGUGGCUGGGAGUCAUACUUGACAUCGUCGCUUCGAGCGUCCUAUUCGCGCAGCCCACAAGCCUCGUUGCAUCGCUAUUCUGUCCCGAGCCGCCCAGACCCCUCAGCACCAUGUGGACCGUGCAUUCGGGGCUGUUCAUCGGCUCUUCCAUGGCAUUCCUGGCAGCUCUCCUGCGCCUCUGGUGCUUCCGAACAAUGGGCAGAAUGUUCACAUUUGAAGUGACAAUUGACGCGAAGCAUGAAUUGAUCACGGGCGGGCCAUAUGCGUAUGUGCGGCAUCCGAGCUAUACGGGAGUGGCGAUGACGUUACUCGGCGCGACGCUGGCUUUGUGCUCCCCUGGGAGUUGGUUGAUGGAAUGUGGCGUAUUGAGUCGUGGCGGGAUACUAGCGCUAGCGUUUUGGAUUGUUAAAUGUGGAUAUGCCGCCAAGGGGACGAUUGCGCGGCUGGGAAUAGAGGACGAAACCCUGCGAAAGACGUUCGGGAGUACAUGGGAUGAGUAUGCGGAGAACGUACCUUAUCGUUUGAUACCUGGGGUGAUUUAA